UCAUUGCAACAUGAGCAAUCUAAAAAAUGAUCACAGUUUCCUCUGUUCGGAGAAAUAUAACAAUUGAAUUGAAAGAGAGAAAAAACUGGUAUACUAAGGACAGUAGACUAUAAAACGUUUUCAUGAGUCUGAAAAAUAAACGAAUGACAAGGAGAUUCCAAGAAAGAUGUUUAUUUCAAACGAAAGCCUCAGCAACAUAUAUCUGGAAGAACUGAAUAAUGCUAAGGUUAAGUCAUUGAUACCAAAUACUGUACUUAUAUUUGCGUUCCUACUCGCCAGUCUAGUCGGUAAUGGUUUGGUUUUGUUCGUUUAUAAAUUUAAACUUAAAUCAAAAACAGAUGACAGAUAUUUCAUUCCAUGUUUAGCUUUGGUUGAUAUGAUCGCCUGUAGCAUUGGAGCAACACAUUCGAUUUCUAUGAACUUUAAUCCAUUUAAUUUUCGAAAUGACUUAAUAUGUAAAUUAAUCUGGACUUUACACCAAUCGAUUUCCUUGAGCUCGGCUCUGUUGCUAUUAGCAAUUGCUGUGCAACGGUAUAUCAAGGUCAGUCGACUAUUGAACUCUUCCAUGAGCCUGAGAAGUAAACGAUUGACUAUUAUAUCAAUCUUGAUUGGCUCAAUUGUUAUAUCAGUACCCUGUUUGGUUUUGUACGGCGAAGAUGAGGUUGUUUUGAAAUACGAAAACAGAACAAUUACGGGAUAUAAUUGCGGAGCUGUGCCAAAUGUGAAUCGAUAUUUUCUAUUUGGGUAUUCAGUUACAUUGUUAUUGAUGUGUUUGUCUGGGAUUUUUGCACUCAUCAUAUUAUAUUGCUUGAUACUUCGUAUAAUAUACAGACAAGAAUCUUUCAGGAGGAGAAAUACUUAUCGACCAAAUAAACACUCUUUAAACGUCAGAGCACAACACAGUUCAGGAAAUACAAUUCAAACAGAUAUAUCCAAUUACAACCAACAAGAGAACACUAAUGGAGGAUCAGAUAUUAAGGGGCAUAUAUCGUCUGCAAUCCAAACAGGACAUCAAUCAAAAUUUGUCAGAAUUAUCUGCCUUAUUACGCGCAAACAUCGAUUCUCUAUCAUGUUCUUUCUUAUAACAAUACUAUCUUGUAUUUCUUAUCUUCCUAGAAUUGCACUGAUGAUUAUAGAAUCAGCUAUAGCUAGUUUCUGGGAUAAUUUAACGGAUACGGAAUACGUCAUAGCUUUAUGUGUUUACAGAGGACAUCUUCUCAAUACUGUUGUUAAUCCUGUCAUAUAUUUGGUUUUUGAUACUGUCUUUAGGUCCUCAUGCCAACAACUAUGUUGUAGAAAUUAAUGAAAUCAUAUAAAUAAACUCACCUUAGAUACCAGAAUUAAAAUAUUGUACGCCAGCCGUUCUUUUCGUCUACAUAAGACUCAUCAGUGACGCUCGAACCAAAAGUGUUAAAAAAUCUCCCAUUGACUUCAAUGUAAACCUUUUUCUUGAAUUAUUUUUUUUACCUUGUUUACCUUUAGAAAUCUGAAGCUUCCAUAUGUCAUUCAUUAAAGUACACAUGUAGCCACAUUAAUAGCAUCAAUCAAAACAUAUGGUCAUGCGAAAUGUUUAGGUCAUUCACACGGCUUUGUUUAAAAGCACUGUAAAUACGUACUAAAUUCCUACACUGACCCUAUUACUUUUCAUUCCUGUAGUAAAAGAAUAAAUCGCAUUCAACAUUCAUGUUUAUAAUUCUUUAACCAUAGUUUUAAUCCAUCUUAUAAAAAGAUAUCCAAUACAAACAUUAUCUAGCAAUCAGUGGAGCACCGGUCAUUAGUGUUAAUCAGAAAGCUGUCCCACAAAUAGGCGGUCCUAGAUGACGUAUAUUUAUUUUUACUUUUCUUUGUGCGAAGUAUAUUAAAAGAAGAAAUUGUGAAUGAGGAACUUAAAGAAUUAGACAAACUUAUAGACGUGAUGUAGUGGAAUGACGUUAAAUCUAAAAAAUAAAUUUACAUACACCAACCUGACAUUUGGGUAAAUAAUAAAUCAAUCAAAAGCUCAACAUCUGCCGACUAUCUUUUUUGCCCAGUCGAAAAAAUAUUCGUAUUGUGCAAUUUCCGUGAAAUUAAGAGGAAACGUGAU